AUGGCCAGCCUUCGACAUGCGUUGAUCAGAUCUUUUCUCAUUAAAAGAGGUCCAGAUGAGACAACAAAAAGAUUACUAACUCUAUCAUCAGCCUUGAACUCUGAACUUCGUCAGAAACAGAUUGACUUGCUGUCAAAAUACCCUGGUGGAUGUGUUGACUUGGAGAAGAAUGACAAAACUGGAAUUGCAGUUUUAACGUUAAAUAAUCCUACAAAGAAAAAUGCUCUUACUGGUUCCAUGAUGAUAGACUUUGAAAAAAGAGUUGAGGAUUUAGAAAGUUGGGAAAAAGGUCGUGGAGUAAUCUUCAAAGGAUCAGGAAACACAUUUUGUUCUGGAGCUGAUUUGAAUGUUGCAAGAGCUGUUGGCGAGGGAAAAGAUUCCGGACAUCCAAGCCUCAUGUCUUCAUUCAUGCAAAAUAUAACCUCCAGAUUUUUUAAUUUGCCUUUGAUCACUGUUGCUUUAGUUGAGGGAGCAGCUUUAGGAGGUGGAGCAGAAUUGGUAACUUGUUGUGAUUUCAGAGUGGUCAGUUCAAGUGCCAACAUCGGAUUCGUGCAAGCCAGGAUGGGAUUGUCUCCAGGUUGGGGUGGAGGUGUUAGACUGGUAAAUUUAUUAGGAAGAUUAAAAGCAUUACAGUUGUUAUCAUCUGCCAGUAUCAUCAAAGGUUUUGAGGCUCAAGAAAUUGGUCUAGCUGAUGAAAUUUUCGGAGAAUUCGACGAUUCUUUAGAAACUGCUACAUCUUUUUUGACGAAUUAUACAAAAUUUGCACCUGACGUGAUUAAGGCAAUGAAAAGAGUUGUCAUCAAUGCAUCAAGAAGUGAUAUGCAGUCUGUUGAAACUUUAAAUACUAAAGAGACACAAAUUUUUCAAAGUUUAUGUGGGGGUCUAGCUAAUUUAGAAGCAUUGAAUAAGAAGUCAAAAUUUUAA